AUGUACUCAACCGCCACCCCUGCCAACCGUCCCGCUGCCAACUUGGUGCCGACGCGUGCUAGUACCAGUGACGGCAACGCAGCGACAUCUGGAGCAGCCUCUGCUGUGUCGUCUCUUGACAGUCUUUUGAGCGUGUCAUCGACAGACCCAAGAAGCGACAUUUACAACCUUUACGUCACUAAGAUCUGCCAGGGAAAUUUCACGGACGAGAAGAACCCAGACAGCGACUUCGUCACCACGGGAUGCUUCUCGUACUCGGACAAGAAAAAUGGCCUGGGACAGCUCCUUGACGUGACCAGCUCCAUCCCUUCGUCUCUAGUUGUCGCCAACACUGUAAAUAUAUCGGUUCCAGCAUUGGCGGGAGUACAGAAUGCUAUAUCGACCGUAAUAUCCGGCGUCGGGUCUGUCUCCAAGGUUAUCUUGGCCCUCAUCAUUAUCCGCAUCAUAGCCGGCACGCUGGCGCUGGCUGGUUCGGCCCUGCUGUUCCUUGACAUCAGGCGCUUCAUCGUCUUCACCAUGCUCACCUUCGCAACGCUGGCCAACGUGUCCCUGCUGCUCGCGGCCGGCAUCACAACUGGGGUCAUCAUCCUGCAGGCGCAGAGCAUUAGCGGGCUUGCCGAGGCACUCAGCGUGGAGGUGCACUACGGCACCAAUUUCCUAGUUCUAGAGUGGGUGACUGCGGCAUUCGCGAUUGCGGGCAGCGCGUAUUGGAUGAUUGUGUGGUUUGUCGACUACAGGACGCUGUCCUUUUCGAGGAGGACUCGGGAUGACAGCCAGAUCGGCAACUGGAAGGAGAUGUGGUCUGAGCUGAAGCAAGAUUUCCGUGGAGACCAACCAAAGGAAGAUGUGAUUGAGUCUCGCGAAUACGUUUCUGAUUGA